AUGCCCAUCCGCGAUCCGGAAAUCCUCACUUCUUCGCCUACCCGAACAGCAACACUCAUGGCCCGCCAUGGGAAAGCGAAGGCCCGCGUCAAGCGGGACCCAAAGAUGGCGAAACCAUCGCCACAUCAAUUUACCAUGCAGCAGGAGGCACUCAAUACCGAAACGCAUACACGACUAUGGUCCAAUAGCAAUCUCCGCCACAAGGCCGUCAGUUUUGUGAGUGCGGGUGAAUUGAAACGGAGCGAAAUCGAGGUCGAGGUCGAGGUCGCAUUCGAAGAUGCCAGCCCGGAUGAUCGUGAUAAAUAUGCCCAAAUAGAUUCCGACCCGGAUGCGAUAAAGCUCGAGAUAGAAGCGUCUUCAGAUCCGAACAAAGAUUCUCCUACUGGCACGUUCUUCUUCGACUCGACAGGGCAACAACCCAUCGAUACAGGGCUUCCAAACCCGACGCCGCGAUUGGAUUUGAGCGAUUCCGAUGACUCAAGCGAAGAUGAAGUCGUUUUCAUGGGGCGCAAGAACAAUCAGAAGCCGACCGUGAUAGAAACCGACAGAAACGAGCUACAGGGAAUUCUGCGUACUGCAUCCGAAAACCACCCGACACCCGUCACCCUGGAGAUUGUUACACCCACGCACUCGAACGUCUCACCGGAACAUAGUCAAAGCCCCGCGACACCGGAUGGGCGGCAGAGACGCGGGUUUCAUGAAGAAGAAAACGACCCGCUGGCAGAUUAUAUUGCCAACAUGGAUCGCCACUACCACACCGAAGACGACGCGGAUUCUUACGUCCACAUCGAAACAGAAGGUGGCACUGGCAUUGGCCAUACUGCUGCAAAUCCCGGAUCGUCGGGGUCAAGUAUCACUGGCCCUGAAAUCGAACGGGCAAAAGCCAAAAACAACGACGAGGCUCAAGUACAGAACUCAAUUGACGUACUGUCUAAGAUGUACCUGGAUACAGAACCGGAAGCAGCCGUAAGCUCUGAUGACGACCUCGCAGGCCUGGAUUCCGACGACUCCGACCUGGACAUGGAGGACGGAGAUAUUGACACCGAGCUCCUCGAAGAGUUGGCUAUCAGAUAUUCGACACAGAGGACCAAGGGUAGCCGCCAAGGCAAUCAUGGAUUUGCGUCAGCGUCAGCAUUUGCAGACGCCCUCGAGGCUGACCCUUACUAUGGAUUCGAUAUCAUGGACUUCAAUAGGCCCAGCUUGCAGAAGAAGGGCAAAGGCAAAACCCCACCUGCGUUGGAUCUCAUGCUUUCUGACAGCGAUCUCGAGUUUAACCUACGUGAGGCAUGGCAAACUGACCGCAAGAAAAAGUCCGCCAAGAAGAAGGAACGAGAGGAGCUCCGCUCGCAGGGAUUGCUGGGAAGAGAUCCCGGAGAUGCGGACUUGAAGAUCAAAUAUUCCAAGGGCAUGGACUUGGAGGAGCUGAUAACUGAAAUGCGAACUUUCCUACUGUCGUCCAAGACCAGUCUAUCGUUGCCACCCAUGACCAAGAAUCAUCGAAAGACAAUCCAUGAACUGGCCAAUACCCUGAAUCUGAAGUCACAGUCCCGCGGCAAUGGACCUGCGCGGUUCCCAAUACUCGUCAAAACCCAGCGUACCCCUACAUACACGCGCAAAACCAUUUCUAGAGUUGACAAUCUUUUAUCUGGACGGAAAUUAAAUCGUCGACUUUUCCACUCCUGGGGCUCAGAUGGUUCAAAGCCAACCAAGAGCAAGCGAGGAGCCGUUGGUGGAGCUGUUUCAUACAUGGAGGGCGAUGUCGUUGGUGCCUCUGCGCCAGAGAUCGGUGUAGAAAACCGAGGGCGAGCGAUGCUGGAGAAGAUGGGAUGGAGCAGUGGCACUGCGCUUGGGGCCUCUAACAACAAGGGCAUCCUUCAGCCUGUUGCGCAAGUGGUGAAGAAUUCUCGGGCUGGUCUCGGAUAA